CCAAGAAUUGGCCGAGGCCCUGCUGAACAGCCCGCUGCCCGGCUGGCCAGGCCGCAGGGCAGAGGAACCGGACGAUCAGCCGGACGAUCAGCCGGACGAUCAACCGGACGAGGCGGCAGUGCAGGCGGCGAGGGAGCAGGAGGACGAGGCGGCCAAGAAGGCGAGAGAGGAGGAGGAGAAGGCGAAGGAGGAGGCGGCAAAGGUGGCGGCCAUGGAGGCUCUUGUCCACGAGCAGCAGCUGGAGAUGCAGGCGCGCAUCAAGGACGCCCAGGAGGCCAUGCAGAAGCAGCUGGCCUUGGCCACCCAGGGCUUGUCGCACCUGUUCCGGUUCCGCCGUUCCGCGGCGCCGUGGGACUUCCUGGGGCUCGACGCCGCCACCGCCGCGCUCUCCGGCCUGCGCCAGAUGGACGAGCUGAUUCGCAUCCAGAGCGGCGCGCCGCUGCACACCGUGCGGCUGCCCGGCUUCCCGUCGCACUUGUUCCAGCGCGGAGGCGGGUUCGCGCUGCCCGGCUUCCUCACGGGCUUUGACUUGGCCCAACAGAGUUAGUGCCCUACUUAUUCUAACAGCCGCCCGCCACGUUCGCUCCCCUCCGGGACCUCCCGUGAGUUUCCGCAGCGACGGGAACUCUUCGAAGCCUCGUGGGUGGCGAUCUCUGGCGGCGUGAGCAUGGUCGAUUGGGAAUACAAGUUGUGAAGCUUCAGGACGCGAAACAACUUAUUGUGUUGGAAAAUAAAAAUAGAAAUGUUUGUGUAUGUAUGCACUUGCUCUGUUUGGAUUCCUCAUACUUAUUUAUGCCCUCAAUUGUAUCUAUUUCUUUAUAUAUAACAUUUACAUCGUACUUCUAUGUACUCGUAUAUUAACAUGCACCGAUGCUUCGAAGAUAUUUAUAUAUUUUCCAUCACUAAUGCUAUGUUUUUCUUUCCUUCUUCAACAACUUAUAUUCCAGUUUCAUUGCACCAGUCGUUAAAAUACUGUAAACUAUAUUUUUCUGUUAAUGUUUUGCACGUCAAUGUCUAUAAUUUACACCUUUGCUUGCCACAAGAAUAUAUAAGAUAUAUCAUCA